UUUUUUCACUAAUUAUUAUUAAUAAAAAUUUACUACUUUUAUUUUAAAAUUGAUAACUGACACAUCUCCACUCCUCGUACUCGAAGUCUCAGAGAAUGGAGAACGAAGGAGAAAAAGAAUUAACGGAAAAACCAGAAGAAGAAGAUGAUGAUGAUGGGCCCCCACCCGGCUGGCAACAGCCCAUUCCUCCACCAGCGUCUACAGCGCCUCCGCCGCCGCCGUCCGAAAUGGCUCAAAUGGUUUGUGGUUCUUGCCGGCGUUUGCUUACACAUCCACAAGGGGCUAAACAUGUGAAAUGUUCAUGUUGUCAGACAAUUAACUUUGUGCUAGAAGAAUACAAUCUCACAACUGAAUGGACAUUUAUUUUCUUGUCAGAUAUUGAUGCACACCAGGUUGGGCAAGUUAAGUGUGCAAGUUGUGCAGCGUUGUUGAUGUAUCCGUAUGGAACUCCACUGGUUAGGUGUUCCUCUUGUCAUGUUGUUACUGAAAUUGGGGAUCAUAACAGGCGGCCCCCUUGGUCUGUACAACAGGCCCAACCAACCCCUCCCAGCAAGGUCCGCUGAACCAGUAAGACUCUUCUUGAUACCAUACUGAAAACGGUUUAUUCUCAGAAUGUGAAGUUCUUGCACAUCAAUGUACAGAAAUAUUAUUGCCAAAAGUAACUUUGUGAUGUUUUUCAUGUGUUUCACAAGUUUGAUUGUUUUUUAAUGAAUUUUCUUUCUUUGUUA